GUCCAGCUCCCAAAAGGAGGCGACCUGAAGAGGAUCAGGCUGUUGCAGUUCCUGUCUUGAAGCAGCAGAAGCCUGUAUUGAGAAGGAAGCCAUUGGGGAGCAAUGCGGGUGUUCCAACUGCCCAGCGAAAAAGGAGGCACCCUGAAGAGGAUGAGUUGCCACCCCCUUCUCAGGGGGCCCCCUCUUCAGCUCCCGCCCUAAAGAAGAGGCACAUGGAGCCCAUCGCAGGUCCAUCGCACCUGGAAUAUGUCCCAAAAUCCAUCUUAGAGGGCAUCCAUGACGAGCUGCGGCAACUUCGGGAGAAGAUAGCCGCCAGAGACCAGGUUUUGGCGGAGUUGAGUCGUGAAAAGGCCGACCUAGAGGCGCGCCUAGAGGAGCGUGAAAGACGCAAGCAGGAGCUCAGACGCCGGGAGCCCAAGACACGGGAGCCUGAACCUCGGGAGCCUGUACCACGGGAACCCGAACCCGAUCAUGACGCCGCCUCCCCAUCGCCGGCGCUCGACCCCCGCCUGGAACUCCGCACGUGGCGCUGGUCCACCUCCUCCGCCUCCAGCAGCCCCCGGCGCUCCCCCUCGCCAGGACCCUGCCCGGAUGCCGCCGCCCCGGAGGACGCCCGCCCGGACGACGCCGGUUCUCCGGACAACUUUGCCCCGCCUGCCGCCCGGCGUCCUGUUGCCGGGGACGUCGGGGGCGUCGCGACUCUGCGCCGGCGUCAGCGCCUGAUACCGCCGCCGCUGCCGCAAUUCUCGCCGGCGUCCGACCGGCGAGUGAGGCGGCCGGUGGAGCGGUAUCAGGCGCCCGCCGACGCGGUGCCGCGCCGCCCUCGUUUGCCGCCCCCGAGCAGGCGCCCGCGCCGCAUCCUCGAAAAAGGAGGCACCCUGAAGAGGAUGAGUUGCCACCCCCCUUCAGCUCCCGCCCCAAAGAAGAGGCACAUGGAGCCCAUUGCAGGUCCAUCGCACCUGGAAUUUGUCCCAAAAUCCAUCUUAGAGGGCAUCCAUGCCGUGCUGCGGCAACUUCGGGAGAAGAUAGCCGCCAGAGACCAGGUUUUGGCGGAGAGUGAAAAGGCUGACCUAGAGUCUCGCCUCGAGGAGCGUGAAAGGCGCAGGCAGGAGCUCAGACGCCGGGAGCCCAAGACACGGGAGCCUGUACCACGAGAACCCGAACCCGAUCGUGAAGCAGUCUCGCCAUCGCCGGCGCUCGACCCCCGCCCGGAACUCCGCACGUGGCGCUGGUCCACCUCCUCCGCCUCCAGCAGCCCCCAGGGCUCCCCCUUGCCAGGACCCUGCCCGGAUGUCGCCGCCCUGGAUGACGCCCGCCCGGACGACGCCGGUUCUCCAGACAACUUUGCCCCGCCUGCCGCCCGGCGUCCUGUUGCCGGGGACGUUGAAGACGUUGCGACUCUGCGCCGGGCGUCAGCGCCUGAUACCGCCGCCGCUGCCGCAAUUCGCGCCGGCGUCCGACCGGCGAGUGAGGCGGCCGGUGGAGCGGUACCAGGCGCCCGCCGACGCGGUGCCGCGCCGCCCUCGUUUGCCGCCCCCGAGCAGGCGCCCGCGCCGCGUCCGUGCCUGACGGUCAAACAGCCUGUCUCGAUGCCCCUCCAGCAAGAAGAUCCGAGCCGCAACGAUGAUCUGAGCCUUCGCCUUGUCCUCGGCUGGCAUCUCCUGGUGGCAGUGGUGUUGAUCGAUGAUUCAUUCAUUGAACCUGUGGCUGGAGAGUCGCAGGUUCAGUGCCUGACGGUCAAACAGCCACCAGUAAGCCACAGGACCUGUGUCUCUGCCUCUGAAAGUGGAAUACCCACCAGCAAGGGACUGCCCGGAGAGUUCUCUGCCUGA